GAGUUGUUGUGUAUACAGGACGGAAAACAGAGAUACUGGAAAUAGCCCAUCUCUUGAUUUGUGAAGGUGCAACGGCAAUCUCGGAGAAUUAGCCGCUGCGUUGUUGGUCUAAUUGACGCUCGAGACCCCUAUGUUGUGCUGUUCACUGAACUUACUAUGCCUUGAUCUUCUGGUGGAUUUUUCGCCUGCUGCAACUUGAUGCACCCGCCCAAGGCUGGAGGUCUAGGCUUGAGCCGCGGCUACCGAGGCUCUGUCGCAUCUAUCCGUGCGUCUGGAUACCCAUGCUGAAGGAUCGGGAUCCUGUGUCUUUGCGGUGUUUUGGGAGCAAUUGAUGGUUGCCGGUAAGGGUCCUGAUGAGGAAGAUUGUGGAAGUUCAUUUAGGGGAAAGGGGAUUGAGUUAACCGUGUUGAUGUUCGGCGGCUAUCUCACGUUUAACCUGCUAGCUGUAAGUAUGACUGACAGCUGGCUUAGUUAUCCGAACGGCUAGACGGUAGCCAUAUCUCAAAGAAAACAUUCAUUGUUGGUAAUAUAUACUCUACGACAGACCAGUUUCGUAAAGUAAAGGGUCGCGAAAGAUAGGAAUCGAUCAACGUGCCCAUUGCAGUCUACUGUGAGCAGCAAGGAAGACCAGCGAGGCAGCAUCUUUUCCUCCCCAUGGACAGACUAGUCCAUAUCAGGUAAGGCAUAGCCGCCAGUGCCGGGCUUGGCCAAUCCGAGUGGUGGGAUUGACCUCAUCCGGUAAGGUGGCCCAUCAGGGCCAG